CUACAGGCUGAGCACACACUACAAGAAUUGGGGUCUUCUCUUCCAGUCAUUGAUAGAUCGAGGUUUUAGACACGCUUGGAGAUAGAAGAGGAUCUUUGUGGAGAGAUUGUUGCAAUUUAGUAUUAGGAGGCUUAUUGGAGGGAGUUGAAGGUUGUUCGUGGGAAGAAGUUGUCGUCUGACCUUGUCGUUUUGGAAUUGUUGAGUACCCAUGGGCUCUUUGAUGGCAGGAUGGGAUAACAAUCCCUGGAACGAAGAGAAAGUGCUGACUCGAAGCAGGACCUCUUUAACUAAAGAGAAAAUCGAGGAGUAUUGGCGGAAAAGGCAACAAGCUAUGGAGGAGCACUUGAGAGAGGCUUCGGCACAAAAAAGUCCUAAUGAAUCGGGAGCGAUCUCAGGCUUGCCUAAAGAUGAAUCUUUCUUGGAGAAAGUUGGACAUGAAUUUCUAAUCUUUGGAUCACGGAGUGGCGCGAUGUUUUGCAGACUUCCGGGAAGCCUAACAUCGACAUUCCUCAGACUGUAGUCGAGGAAGUGGAGCUGCCCAUGGCAAUGAGUCCAGAUUGGUGGAUGCGUAGCAACUGGGCGUUUCUAAAUUGUCCGCCGGAGAAGGUAGUCGUGAGUAAUCAUAGCACAUAUACAGCUCAGUAUGAAGUUGCAAACAAGCACAAACAGGCAGUAUAGAAGUGGCGGUAGUCUUAUAAAGCAUAUAACUUUUUGAAACGUGUGUCUUAUCUUCUUCGGUAUGUGCACAUAGUUUGAAUUUGAACAGGCUUGUAAGUUGGCUACAAGUUCAAAAACUGUUCGACACAGGGCCCGUGAACUAGAACUAAGAUUGAAUGUAUGAGGUACCUUAUGUCCAUUUUAUGGCAUGGGUUUUGUGCGACAGGCAAGUAGAAGGGCAUCAAUUGCAUUGUGAGGUGAGUUUGUACAUAAGUAGGUGGUAACCACGGAUUUUGGCGAGGUUGAUGACCACAUUUAUACAUAGCGUGCCAAGACUUAGAAUGCCAGGACCUGUAACAGUAUUUAUGAUCAUGUGAAAUAUUAUACCAUGUGCAAUAUUAUACCAUGUGAGAGAGUUAUGAAAAAUAGCUACCGAGGAAAACCUGUUCGGUAGUAUAUGACUUUAUUGCGUUACA